AUGUCUUCAAUGUCGGCGUGGCUGCCGUUCGCUCGCGCAGCGGCCAUCGGCUGGGUACCGAUCAGUCGACAGCCGCUGCCCAAGCCGACUAUGGAUUUCAGCCAGCGGAUUGACCUGCAGAUUCCGGACGAGAAGCUGCGUAUCAAUGUAAGCGGUAGGCGCUUUGAAACCUGGAAGACAACCCUUGAAAAAUACCCUGAGACGCUGCUGGGCAGUCAGGAACGAGAGUUCUUCUAUGAUGACGAAGCGAAGGAGUAUUUCUUCGAUCGUGACCCUGACAUCUUCAGGCAUAUUCUGACGUUCUACCGUACCGGCAAGCUGCACUUUCCGAAGAACGAGUGUCUGUUGGCGUAUGACGAGGAAUUGACGUUUUUCGGUAUCAUGGCAGACCUGAUCAGUGAUUGCUGCUACGAGGAGUACAAGGACAAGAAACGCGAAAACAAGGAGCGCCUGAUGGAGGAGAAGUCGGAGAGCGAAACGCAGAACGCCAUUCCGCAGCGCACCGUCCGCGAAAAGAUGUGGAGGGCGUUCGAGGACCCGCACUCCAGCACGCCGGCGCUGGUCUUCUAUUACGUGACCGGUUUCUUCAUAGCCGUGUCCGUACUAAGCAACAUCGUCGAGACGGUGUCGUGCAAGUCGAUCGUCGGCUCGAAGGGCUCCAAGCUGCAGACGUUCACCUGCGGCGAUCUGUACGAGACGCAGCUGUUUGUGGUCGACACGGCUUGCGUCAUCAUCUUCACGUUCGAGUACUUCCUGAGGUUGUACGCGGCGCCGAACCGUUACCGUUUCAUGCGCUCGGUGAUGAGCAUCAUCGACGUGGUCGCCAUUCUGCCGUACUACAUCGGACUCGGCUUCCAGUACAACAAGGAGGUCAGCGGCGCGUUCGUCACAUUGCGCGUUUUCCGCGUGUUCCGUAUCUUCAAGUUCUCCAGACAUUCACAGGGAUUACGCAUCCUCGGAUACACUCUGAAAAGCUGUGCCAGCGAGCUCAGCUUCUUGGUCUUCUCGUUGGCCAUGGCGAUCGUCAUUUUCGCGACGAUUAUGUACUUUUGCGAAAAGAAGACACCCAACACGACGUUCACCAGCAUUCCGGCCGCUUUCUGGUACACGAUUGUCACCAUGACCACGUUAGGGUAA